AUGGUGCCGGGCUGGCCAGCAGUGAAUGACAAUUGGCCAUUGAGCUUGAAGGGAUUGUCUGUAGAGGCGGAAGAGGCAAUUGCGGCGAAGCCAGCAAGGAGUGUGAGGAUUGAGAACUGCAUUUUGUUCGUGAAAUUGGGAAUAUUGUAUGCAAAUGAAUGUAAAGGAAUGCGACGCGAUGGUAAGCAACGAAGUUGUGUAGAGAAAGGGUUACAUGGGCUUGAAAACGGGGCUGAAUCCAGACCUGAAGUCAUCGCAAUCUCCGCCCUGUUGCUAACCCUCUUGGUGCAAGCACCUACGGCACCAACGGGGAGACUUGUCAGGAGACUCACGAAGCGGGCGAACCGCACUGCGAACACGAAUCCCAAAUCCUCCUUAAAAUCGCCCUAUGGCCCGUCAAGGUUGGCUUGA